AUGGCGCCCUAGUGUCGGCAUGUAAUGCGGUUAUUCCAUGUCAACAUGUCACUUCUCAGAGUUUGUGCCUUCGUCAAGUGUCUUCAUCGGCGCAGUUUGCUGGAAAAGUGUGCGUCUCGCGCCCCUCUUGCAGAAUGCUGUCAGCGGUGUCUGGCGGUGAGAAAUGGGGCAGACACUCAUUUGCAACCGCAUCGAAGAAACGUCUCAUUUUCAGUCCGGAAGACAGAAGAUCCAAAGAAACGUGUUGUGGAACAAACUCAGCUGUUAGAUGUGCUAGAGGCCAGGAUCCAGCAACUUCAACCUGAAAGUCUUCUUGAUGUCCAAAAAGCAAACGUGGAGUUUCUUCAAGCCCCCUCAUCAGGGAGCCACAUUUCCUCUGUCAAAACUCCUAACACACCUCCAGAGAGGCCAGAUGUUUCCAAAUCGGCGCAGAAUGUCGUUAGGGAACCCUCUAAAUCCCAGCCCACUCGCUGGAUGGAAAAAUUAACUAAGGAGAAGAAAAGCAAAAUGAAAAAACGGCAGCACCUCCGUGAGAAGCUGCAGAAGAACGUCAAGGAGAAAGUGGCAGGAAAGCACCCCGGUGGUAAGGGCAACCCUAAACUUCCUGGCACAAGUUACAAAACGAUAUCGAGCAAAAACCCUGCUGGCUUGGCUGAGAAGAGCAACGUGAAUGCCAACGUUCAGGCUGCAUCACAAAAAGCCCCCAAAAGCAAACGAAAGAACCCUAAGAAUAAACCUCCCAGUGCAAAGAACCAGGUGACCGAUGAGGAGCUUGCACAGGUGGAGGAACUGGAAAGGAGGCUCAGCCAGCAAGCCAGCCCGUGGUCCUGCCUGAGUCAACCGGAGCAUCCGCUGCAGGCCACGGAAGGAGCUGUAGGGAACACCCGCUCUUGCAUCUUCUCUUGGCUGGAGGCGUGUGUGUUUGCGGGGGACAUUGAACGAGCGCACAGUUUCCUGCUCAGCCAACACAGAGUUCGGAGUCGGCGGGCAGUUCUCGACACGGACGUUUACAACAUCAUGCUGCGAGUCUGGGCCAAAAAGGGCACCUUGAAUCAGAUUGGCCGUUUGUUUAUUCUCUUAGAGGAGGCAAGUCUGCGGCCAAAUAUUGGAUCGUAUUGUGCUGCUCUGGAAUGUAUGGGCCGUAAUGCUUACUGCUCCCCCCAAGUUAUUAAUAGGUGCUUGAACCAGAUGGAGGAGGAUGGCUUCUCUGUGGACGAUGUCUUCAGCCAAUGUGUGUUCCAGCUUGAUGAAAGAGAAAUGGCACUGAAAGCUGUACGCAUCAUCCACCCUGACUACCAGCCAGCCUCCAACCACACUACAAGCCAAAGCCCCUCUUCCUUGGUUCAGGACCUUUACACAAAGAGGGAUAACCACCAGUACCCGAAGCUGGAUUUCACUCGAGAUGAGCUCCAGGAACGUUUCAAAUUCCAGCUAGACAUGGAGCAUGCCUGCGCAGUCACCAUUGACUCUGUGGAGGCGGAAAAGCCUAUCACAGAACACAUGGCUAAAAUGAGGGCGUUGCUGCUGGAGCAACGGGCUCACUGGCGCAGAGCCCUCCUCCAGGCCUUCAGGGAGGGCAAGAUGAUCCUGGGGAAGACCAACACCAAGGACUUUAGACUCAACCUCUAUCCCUACUUCUGUUUGCUGGAGGACAAUGACUAUGUUGACAUCAUGAUACAGAGUGUUUCCAGCAUGCCUCCCAGCGGAGAGUCGCUGAUGACUUUAGCCAAAGAUGUGGGCAGCCGCAUUUACACCAAGUACUCUGUUCAGCAAAAGUACAGGAAUCACAUGGUGGAAAAGCUGGGCAGCAUUUACAAUGCUUACACAGACCUGCUAGCCAAAGACACCAAGGCAUAUAAUGUCCUUCCCAGGGAGGAGUGGUGCAAGCUGGAGACAGCACAUCCAUCAGGGCCCACACUCCAGGGGUGUGAAUCCUCAUGGCCGUACAUAGUGACUUUGGAGCUGGGAACGUACCUGCUGGAUCUGAUGGUGAAGAACCUCAAAAUUAAUAGCGACAUCCUGAACUCGUCCUACGACAGGAAGCGCAUCCCCAUCCUUUACCACAUGUACACUUUUCGCAGCAACCGACAGGUGGGCUUCAUAAAGCCCCACCCCAUCCUGACACAGAUGCAGCAGGAGGCCAUGGAGACUAAACUGACCUUUGACUCCUCCGUAAUGCCCAUGCGCUGCCCUCCUUUGCCCUGGACCUCGGUCAAGUUUGGUGCGUACCUGCUGACCCCUGCCAAGCUGAUGCGCAGUGUGGAUGGGGUGACCCAGCAUGAGGAGUUGUUGGAGAGAUGCCAGAACCUUCACCCAGUCCUGGACUCCCUUAACCAGCUGGGUAACUGUGCCUGGAGGAUCAACAAACCUCUCUUGGACGUCAUCAUCUCUAUCUUUAAUGAUCGAGGUAGCGACAAGCUAGACAUCCCUCCUCCCGUCUCAGAGGCCCCCAAAAUUCCCUUCUUCAACCCGCAGGACCCCUCUUACACUUCCACUGAGAAGGCUCACAUGAAGAGGGAGGUCAUCAACGCCAGAAAAAAAUGCAGCGAAAUGCACAGCUUACGCAUGGACGCUCUCUAUAAACUGUCCAUCGCCAACCACAUCAGAGACGAGGUCUUCUGGUUCCCGCAUAAUAUGGAUUUCCGGGGACGCACCUACCCCUGUCCUCCGUACUUCAAUCACCUGGGAAGCGACGUAACCCGCUCUAUCCUGCUGUUCGCAGAGGGCAAGCCGCUCGGGCCUAAGGGCCUGAACUGGCUCAAGAUCCACUUGGUCAAUCUUACAGGCUUGAAGAAGAGGAGCUCGCUGCAAGGAAGGCUAGAGUACGCCGAUUCUAUUAUGGAGGACAUUCUGGACUCUGCUGACCACCCAUUGAAUGGUAAGAAAUGGUGGAUGAAUGCAGAUGAGCCGUGGCAAGCGCUCGCCUGCUGCAUGGAGAUCGCCAACGCUGUGAGAUCUCAUGACCCAACGCAGUUCAUCUCGCAUUUUCCUGUGCACCAGGACGGCUCCUGCAACGGGCUCCAGCACUAUGCCGCGCUUGGUCGAGACGUUAUUGGCGCCACGUCAGUCAACCUCAUGUCCUGUGACGUGCCGCAGGACGUGUACAGUGGAGUGGCGCAGCAGGUGGAGGAGUUCCGUGCUCGUGAUGCCAAGAGCGGCCUGAAGAUUGCCCAGGUCCUGGAGGGCUUCAUCAACAGGAAAGUGGUCAAACAGACUGUGAUGACCGUGGUGUACGGGGUCACGCGCUACGGGGGAAGGCUCCAAAUAGAGAAGCGGCUGAAGGAGAUUGAUGAGUUCCCCAAGGAAUAUGUAUGGGAAGCAUCUCACUACCUGGUGCGACAAGUGUUCAGCGGCCUCAAGGAGAUGUUCACAGGGACGAGAGAGAUCCAGGACUGGUUAACGGAGAGCGCCAGACUCAUAUCCAAGGCGGGACACACCGUGCAGUGGCUGACGCCCCUGGGUUUGCCCAUCAUCCAGCCCUACCACCGUAUACGUCACCAUUUGCUCAGGAGCCCCAUCCAAUACCUCAACCUCCAGAUCAGCCAUGACACCAAACAGAGGCCAGACACAGUGAAGCAGAAAAACGCGUUCCCGCCAAACUUCAUCCACUCGCUAGACUCCACACACAUGAUGUUGACAGCACUUCACUGCCAAAGCUUCGGUUUGACAUUCGUCUCAGUUCAUGACUGUUUCUGGACACACGCCCUUACGGUGGACACCAUGAAUAAGGUCAUCCGGGAGCAGUUUGUGGCACUGCACAAUCAGCCCAUCCUCCAAGAGCUGUCUGACUUCCUGCUCCACAAGUACUGCUCCAGGCUCACGGCUGACAGCAAAAACAAAAAGUAUCUGGAGGACCGGCGGCUCAUGCUGUUGCUGGCCAAAGUGCCACAGACAGGAACCUUCGAUCUCAGCCAGGUGAAAAAAUCCAUCUACUUCUUCAGCUGAGCGCCACCAUGGAGUCUUCACGGCACAUCUUGAUUCCAGACCACGCCCCGCCCGCUUUCUCCUGCCUCUCGGAUGUUUGGCAUCCUGGAAGCUGAUCCUGAUUGAAUGGGCUCUUGUGCGUUAAAGGCCAGGACGCCGAGAAAGACUUGAAUCAAGGAAAAGCGGCGUUUUCAUAACAAAACGAUUGCAUCAGAGGACGAGAGCUGCCCUUGUGCUCAUCGAGUAGCAGUGAUUGGCGGUGUGCGUGUCUGGUGGGCGGGCAGGUGUGUGAAGACCCCCCCGCCAAGUGUUAACCUGCCAUCAUCUUCAUCCAUCAAUCAGAACACGAGAGCGUUUGAGGUGGCCCACUCUGCCAUUCUAAAAAUAAACAAAACCUGAGAGGAGCUGUUAUUACACAAAACGCAUAAAUAAUAAACAUUUUCACUGCAUUGGGAAGAAAAAAAUAAAUUACAUUAUGAGAGUAAAGUUGCAUAUUUUCAAUUAAAAAAACAUUUUUUUUCUUUAGAAAAAGGACACUUUUCAAGGGAUUUUUUUUUAAUGUAUUUACUAGAAUAAAAGUAUUUUAAUGACUGGGAGUUUUCAAAUUCAGUUAAAACAAAUUAGUUUUAUUUUUUAUUUAAUCCUGUGAUAUUUUGACUUUUUUUUCUUGAAAAAAGAUUGAGUUCUCCUUAAAAAAAUGCAAAAAUGUUAUGACUGGUACAAAUCUCAUAGAGCAUUUUCUUGUUAUUGUACGACUAAAGAAAAAAAAAUUCAUGAAAGUUUUUAUUUUUUUUAAAGUGGGUAUACUAUGAGACAAAAAGUAUUUUUUUUUUAAAUGUAAGUCAAAAAAACAGGAAAACAGAAAAACAAGGUUUUGAAUUUUAACCUCGUAAUAUUAAAACAAAAAAGUAAAUUGUAUGACAGGACUGUUUCUUGGAAAAUACUUUUUUUUGAGAGCGAGUGAGAAAAUGGUUUGACACUUAAAUUUACUUUAAAUUACAAUCUCAUUAAAUUUUAACUUUUAUCAUGUCAUAUUCUGACUAUUGAAGAAAAAAAUCCCCCCACCCAAAAAAAAUACUUUUUACCUUGUCAAGUUACAACUUUAUUCCCUUCGAAUUUUACUCUCAUAAAAAUACCAGUAGUCGUAGUAUCUUUUUUUUCUCCCCCUCUCAGUGCAGCUCUAGUACUCCUUUGUACUAGGAGGAUGUGACAGUUGUCCCAAAACACAAAAGUGUUGUUUCAAGUAAAAGUACACUUGCAUGUCCUAUCAAGCUGUCCAAGAUCUUAAAAGGCCUGCCUCCUCUUUUAAGAGUCACCACAAAAGCAUCCGCUGCUCACAUCUUUGUUCUUUUUUUAAAAAAAAUUGUAUUACCUGGAAUAUUUCAGCACAGGGCAUUUAAAAAUAGCACAAGUGCUUUCAGAUGCCGUGUGCAAUGCAUUUUUAAGACCGACGUGGCCGAACAACUGAGCUGUUUGCACCUGGAGACACCACUCAUACUGUAUUUCAGAAUCAGAAUCAUCUUUAUUUGCCAAGUAUGUCCAAAAACACACAAGGAAUUUGUCUCCGGUAGUUGGAGCUGCUCUAGUACGACGAGACGACAAUUGACAAAACACUUUUGAGACAUGAAGACAUUGAGAAAAACAGUCACUGAGCAAUAAAGGGUUGCGAGUUAUCUGGUAAUGCCGGUACAAUGUUUAAUUUUUUUUUGACAAUUGUGCAAAAAGAUGCAGAGUCCUCUAGCACUUAGAGCAGUUCGAAUGACUAAUAUUGCAGUAGUCCGGUGCAAUGACCAUUGUGCAAAAGGCGCCGAGACUUCAAGGAGUGUAUGCGGUUUAAAGUGUCUAGUAGCGCGGUAAUCUGGGACAAUGUUGAUUGUGCAAAUGUUGCAGAUACUCAGAUACAGACAAUAGUGGAGCGUGGCGAGACUACUACAGUGAGUGCACGAGUAUGUAUAAUUUCCUUAAUGAGCGAGCCGCUUUGAUCCGUUACAGUUCAUCAUGUCUGCUUACCUCCUAUUUAUACUUCAAAUCAUCUUUUACAAAAUGUGAUGAUUGCUAGUUUGUGACGGGGAUUGACGGUUCUGUGGCAGCAAACGUCAUAAUCCUGAACUGAAAGUCACUGGUUUUAUGUGUGUGUAAACUCUUACAUUAAAUGAAGAAUGUAUUAUUUUUGGAA